CAUUUGAGCUGCGGCGGACUGCGGUGGGACCACAGUGGCUCGGGGCGUCUGCGGAGGCGUCGGGGGGCGGCAUGAGGGCGGCUUUCUGGUUGCCGCGAGCGUACGGGGAUAUGCAGGCCGAGGGCCGCGGGCGGGCUCAUGGGGGAGGGCAGGGCAGCCUGUGAGACGAGGUGACGCUGGAGACCAGCCCGGGCGGGGACCGGGACUGGAAGAGACGCCUGAGCAGCCGGCUGGCCCGGCGGUCUGGGGCGGGGACAGAGACCGACACUCCACUGACCCUGCCGGGGCAGAAGGGGCCAGAAGUCUUCACAGCUGGGGGAGAGGCGUGGGCAAAGCCGGGGCGGGAGGGAAGGGGGAGCUUCGAAGGUGGCCGGAAGUGGUGAGAAGGUGCUAACGGGCGUUGGUCCCGGGAACCGAAAGGGUCGGGGAGGAAGAAGGGAGGUCUUUGCAAGGAGCUGAGAGGGUCGUGUGACCAGAAAGAAGGCUGGCGUAAGUGAAGGGAAGGUGAGGCGUGGCGAGAUCGCAUCCUUAGGGGAAGACGGUUGGUGGAAGUGGACGAGGAGCCGGGGGAGCCGUGGAGGUGGCUGGCGGCCGGGGCCGGAGCGGUGCCGGGGGCCGCGGAGCAGCAGCGAGGCGGAGCGCACACCGGGGCGGGAGCCGGACUUGGAAGGCUUGUUGGCGAACGGGGUUCGGGACUCGGAUCCGGCCUCGGAGAGCGGGCGGCGCCUCCGGGAUGUGGGAUCCGAGGCUGGUGAGGUUGGCCUUGCUGCAGCAGCUUCGGGCUGUCUACGGCAUCAAGGUCAAAGGUGGCCGCGGGCAGUGCGAGCGCAGGAGACGGGACCCGGAGGCCACGGCCGCAGUGGGUAAAAUAUUUGGAGUACCUUUUAAUGCAUUGCCCCAUUCUGUUGUACCAGAAUAUGGACACAUUCCAAGUUUUCUUGUUGAUGUUUGCACAUCUCUAGAAGAGCAUAUUCAUACAGAAGGGCUUUUUAGGAAAUCAGGAUCUGUUAUUCGUCUAAAAGCAUUAAAGAAUAAACUGGAUCAUGGUGAAAGUGGCCUGUCUUCUGCACUUCCUUGUGACAUUGCAGGACUUCUUAAGCAGUUUUUUAGGGAACUGCCAGAGCCUAUACUCCCAGCUGAUUUACAUGAAGCACUUUUCAAAGCUCAACAGUUAGGAACAGAAGAGAAGAAUAAAGCUACAUUGUUACUCUCCUGUCUUAUGCCUGACCACACUAUCGACAUAUUAAGAUACUUCUUUAAUUUCCUCAGGAAUGUUUCUCUUAGGUCCAGUGAGAAUAAGAUGGAUAGCAGCAACCUUGCAGUGAUAUUUGCACCAAACCUUCUUCAGACAAAUGAAGGACAUGAAAAGAUGUCUGCCAACACAGAAAAAAAGCUCCGACUGCAGGCUGCAGUAGUACAGACUUUUAUUGAUUAUGCAUCAGAUAUUGGACAUGUUCCAGAUUUUAUCAUGGAAAAGAUACCGCCUAUGUUGGGUAUUGACGGUCUCUGUGCUACUCCAUCACUGGAAGGCUUUGAAGGAAGUCACUAUGAAACUCCUGGUGACUGUAAGAGAAAGCGAAGACAAAGUGUAGGCGAUUUUGUCAGUGGAGCACUAAAUAAACUUAAAUAUAACAGAACGCCCUCUGUUACACCUCAACAAGAAAGAAUCGUUCAGCUGUCUGAAUCUCCAGUGAUUCUUACACCAAAUGCUAAGCGCAAACUGCCAGUAGAUUCUUCUCAUGGUUGCUCAAGUAAGAAAAGGAAGUCCAUCAAGCACAAUUUUAAUUUUGAGUUGUUGCCAAGUAAUCUCUUCAGUACCAGUUCUACACCAGUAUCAGUUCACUUUGAUACAAGCCCAGAAGUGUCAUCUCAGAGUUCACUCUCUCCUGUAGCCAUUGGUGGAAAUCAUUUGAUCAGUACAGAUGUACCACGGCGAAGUAAAAGGAUUGCAAGCAAAAAAAUUUACAGGGUGGAAUCAGGAAAAGCAGGGUGCUUCUCUCCUAAAAUCAGUCGUAAAGAAAAAGUUCGAAGAUCCCUUCGUUUGAAAUUUAGUCUGGGGAAAAGUAGCAAAGAUGCAAAUGGGUGUUCUGGUGUCAAUAGACAUGAACUUGUUGGUCGACGACUUGCAAAUCAGCAAAGUUUAGAAAGUAGGAUUGAAUCUGUAAAAACAGGUCUGCUCUUUAGCCCAGAUAAUGACGAAAGAUUAACCAAGAAAGGUAAAGGUUCAAAAAAGGUCAGUAAGUCUGAGGAACACUUAUUAACUCCAGAGCAACUAAAUGGAACAAGUUACCGAAUGUCUUGGACGGGGCCUAGUAAUUCAAGUUUUCGAGAAAUAGAAGCAAAAGAAACUUCUCCAAGAGAAGGGAAUCUUGAGGUGGAAAACUCUUGUUUGGAGUUUGAAAUGGUAGAAAAGUCAUCUAUUAAUUCAUAUGAACUCACCCCUUCUAAUAUACAUAAUAAGCAUAAUGACAACCUAACCAGAAGCUCUCUUAGUGGGGAUGAAAAUAACUUGAGUACAGAGACUUUGGUGAAAAUUCAGAAAGCAUUUUCGGAAUCUGGAAGUAAGCUUCAUGCAUUGAUAAAUCACAAGCAGUCAUCAAUUACUAAUGUGGGGAAAGUAGAAGUAAAUGAAACAUCUUCUAUAGCAUAUAGCCCAGGGGAAAAUCUAUUUGAAAGUAAUGAUUUGACUGUGAUAGAAUCAAAUGAACACCGAACUGGUAAAAGUGAAAAUAAUUUUUCAGAAAGAGACUUCUCAGUACAUCAAUCUCAAAAAUUAGAUAGAAAAGCAACUAUAAAAAGUUAUUCAACUCAUAUGAAGAUGGAACAUGAUGAAGUCAUUCAUUCAGAUAUGCCAAAUGAUGACUUAAACAAGCAAGAAUUGCCCAGUGAUGAACAGGUAAAAGCACAACAGUCCCCAAGGGAUAAACUAAAUACUAAAUUAAAGGAGGAGAAUAUGAUUGAAGAGAACUUGUUGAAAUGCACAGCUUCUAGGGAGGAUGCAGCUAACACCUCUUCCUCAGAGCAGAUUACAUGUGUUACAACCAGCUUAUCAAAACCUAGGCAUGUGAGAAUAGUCACACAGCAGUCACUGGUGGAAAAUUGCGAUACAAGGUUAUCCGAACGUUUACAAGUAUCCGAGCACGGAAAGGUUUCAGACCACAUACAAUGGUUUAAUAAGCUUUCUUUAAAUGAAUCAAAUAGGACAAAAGUUAAAUCACCUCUUAAGUUUCAGCGCACCCCUGUUCGUCAGUCUGUCAGAAGAAUCAAUUCUUUGUUGGAGUAUGACAGACAACCUGUGAGGCACAAAUUGGCACAUCUUGGUGAUACUGCUUCUCCUCUGGUUAAAUCAGUGAGCUGUGACAGUGCUCUUCCCUCUUGUAUAGAAAGUACGUCAAAAGAUUCCUCAGUUUCACAUACCCAAUCAGGUCCUAAGGAACCGAAGUCUGUUUCAUGCAAACAGUCAAAUGUUGAUGCAGUUACAAGAUCAAGCAUGGGAUUAACUUCUAAAUCUUUCUCACAGAUGAAGAGGCACCCAGACUCCAUGAAUGCUUCAGUUGGGUCAACCAGAGUUUGUAAACAAAAAGUGAUAUCUGAUGGCCAGAUAAAGGGUCCCUUGGAGGAUCUGACAAAUCAUGAUAUAUUAAGGUCUGUUGUAAAUAAUAACACAGGCUUAUCAUCUGGGAUAAAUAGCAGGAUCCUUAGGAAGCCAUCAGAAAGAGAAAGGGUCUGGUAUAAAGGUUCUCCCAAAAACCCUAUUGGAAAAGCUCAAUUACUACCAACAAGUAAACCUGUAGACUUGUAAUUGGUAAAUGUUAUACUUGUCAUUAAUAUAAAUAAAAUCAGUUGGUGAUGUGCUUGUUAAUUUAUAGCUCAAUGAUUGUUACAUGAUAGAUUUUUAAUUUCAUUGCAUAAGCAACUUUGAUUCUUGUGCUUCAAAAAUGACUACUUUUUUUCCUUAAUUAUGGCAAUAUUUAAGACUAAUUUUAUUGUGAUGUUUUAAAACAGGUUACACUUUUUAAAAGAUUGUUGACUGGCUUUAUAAGAAAUUAAUUUUUGAAAAUUGCAUGAAUUUUUUGUCUUAACUGAUGGGAAGAAUAGGAUAAGUUGUGUCUAUUUCCUGUUAUUCCUCCUAAGUCUGAUAAGGUUUCUACAAGAAAUGUUUAGGAUAUAAAGGGAAUAGAUAAGCCUUGCAAAUCUUAUUUCUUGAAUUACAUUAAUGUUUAUUGUCUUUACCCAAAUCCCUAGAAAUUAACUUGUUUCAAUAGCAUGUUAAUUCUUUAUUCCUAUUUGGGGCAAAGUAAUUAGGUUUCUAUUGCCUGUAGAUGUAUACAGGGCAUUCACUUAAGAAUGGUGGCUAAAGUAGAGCAAUGCUAAGGGUGCUUAUAUAGUGUGUUGCUACAGGAAUAAUUGAUGACUUUUAAGCCAUAUUAUAUUUUUAGAUGUAUACAGGGCAUUCACUUAAGAAUGGUGGCUAAAGUAGAGCAAUGCUAAGGGUAUUUAUAUAGUGUGUUGCUACAGGAAUAAUUGAUGACUUUUAAGCCAUAUUAUAUUUUUAAAGAUAACUUGCCCAAAUACAUUUAUAUCUGUUUUGUCCAAUGCAGACUUUAAAAUUGAGGAAUAAAUAAGCUUGAAAAUUUUAAUCAAGGUGAUUUCUUAUAUGCAGAUGGUUGAUUCUAGACUUUGAAAUACUUGAUGAACCUCCACAUUUACCUUGGAUUCUUUUGUAUGUUUUUUUAAUUUAUUGAGGUGACAUUGGUCAACAUGAACAUACGAGGUUUCAGGUGUGGAUUUCUAUGUUACAAAACCUGUAUAUUGCACUGUGUGCUCACUAUCUUGGAGUCUUAUACUUUGAAUUCAUACAAAAGCCCAUAGUGGUUUGUCUUGUGUGUAAAUGUUAUUUAUUUAGCAUAGAUAUUAAAGAUAACUUCCUGAAAAAU